AGAGGUUUGGAGCUCAACUACUUGUGUCUUAUCAACACUCAGGUUUAUCUGCAUAACCAUUCUUUUUCAAACCAAAUAUUAAUAAUUUAAAAUCAAUUUUUAAACAGUUCUUUGUGGUUCUCAAUUAUAAAACAAUGUCUAGCAGGAGACAGACCAGAAGAUCAAAACAGGAACAAUUGUUGUCUGCUAUUUCUUAUUUCAAGGAUCGCUUGGUAGUCAAUGGUUCAAUUGUAAGCCCAGACAAUGACGUGUUUUCUAAAAUUUCCCGGAAAGUGAAUAGCGAAAUGUCUGCAACAGCUGUUUAUGAAUUUGUAACUCAGAAUAAGGUAGCUUUGGCAAAAUAUGGUGAAUGGGGUGUAUGUGAUGAGUCCAAAGAAAACAAAAUACCAGUCUCAAAUUGCAGUAGCUCGCAAGAUGCCGAAGAUGACUUAUAAUAAUAGUCGAUCGAAUAGAACUUGGUCGUUGGAAAGCAUGCGUCAAGCACUACAGGCAGUUGACGGAGGAAUGUCAGUACGAAGCUCCGCUGAACUCUACGGCAUCCCUCGUAACACUCUGACUACCUACGUGGCCAGUGAACUUAGACUUGAAGAUGAGAUGAAGUUUAUGGAAAAUUUUGAUCCUGAAAAAAGCAAGAGGGAACAAAGAAAGUUAAACAGAAAGAUUUCCAAUGUGGCAACCCGGAAGUCAGUGUAUGACGAGAAGGGUAUACAUGUCAAGACAGGAUUGGACUUGUGUGACUGCCUCAAUGACAAGUGUGAGGGCUGCUUUUUCCCCUGCACCAGAUGUCGUUCGACUAAAUGCGGCCACGAGUGUCGAACAGCUCGCCGAUGGAUGUAUGAGACCCACACUAUCCAAGGGAUGGACGAGAUAAUACAAAACCAGUAUUUGGACCAUUAAGCACCUGUAAAACUUCAA